GGCAGCGUCCUCGUGCCAUGUGUAGUUGACAUUAAAUUAAGUCAUUUUUUGAUGUGUCAAGGAACCAAACUAAGUAAAGGAAAAUGAAGACAAAGAAGAUGAAUCCGAAAAACAGGCGUCUGUCCUCAGGGCUGCGAAAGCAAACAAACAAACAGAGCAUCCAUGUGAAAGGUAAUUGGAAAGCUAUCGAUCUGGAUCCCAGUCUGUUCUCUGAGGAGGGCUUGGAGGGUCUGGUGUGCUUUGAAGAACUGACAAGUUACAGUCUGAUAGACUCUGAAAAGGCUGCAACUAAAGCAGCGAAAGAACUGAAAAAGGAAAAGAAAAAGACUAAGAAAAGGAAAGUCAGUGAGGGAGAGCAGGAGAGUGGAGAACAGGCAGAUGUGGAGAGCAAAGAGGGAGGCAAUACAACUGAACCAGCCAAGAAAAAAGCCAAAAAGAAGAAAAAUAAGAAACUGGCUGCCAAGGAAUCAGUCCAACCAGGUGAUGCUUCUGUAGAGGAUGCAAGUGUAGGUGAGGAGGGAGAGAAAAAUGAAACAGCUACUGAAGACACUUCAAAAGAUUCCUCUGCCAUUAGCUCAGAGCAUGACGCUCAAUCAAAACCCUCGAAAAAGAAGAACAAAAAGAAGAACAAAAAGAAGAAACAGAAGCAGCAGAUAGAGAAGAAAGCAACCCCAGAGGAAAAGCCAGACUCUGAGUCUCCAUCUUCUGAGUGCCAGGUUCCAGAAAAAGUUAAAUCUAGCCCAGAUAAAGUGACGAAGGCACCCAAAAAGCAGGUGAAGAAUUGGACAAAUGCUGCACUUUCUGGUUCUGAUGUCAAAAAUGCUGAUGUGAGCGCAUGGAAAGACCUGUUUGUUCCCUCCGAUGUGCUGAAGGCACUGAGCAGUCUUGGAUUUGGCUCACCAACCCCUAUUCAAGCCCUUACGUUGCCUCCAGCUAUCAGAGAUCGUAUGGAUAUAUUGGGGGCAGCUGAGACAGGAAGCGGUAAGACAUUAGCUUUUGGUAUUCCCAUCAUUCACACCAUCCUGGAGUGGAGGAAAGGUUCAGAAAGACGUGCUGAUGACAACAAGGAGCCAGCCACAGAGCUGGAGAGCUUGUAUUUACCCGCUGUUGAUGAGUCCACAAUAGCAGAAAGCACAGCAGGCUCAAGUGCCCAAUCUGCAUCAGAGCAAGACGGGGAAGGAAAUGUGGAGGCUGAGGAAGAGGAGGGGGAAAGCAGCGCGGAGCAGGAUCGAGGUGAGUCGGAGGAAGAUGCCAGCGAGGGUGAGCACAGCGCUGAAGAAGACGAUGAGGACACAAGGCUUGGGUGUGUUAAAGUAAUCGAAAAUGCAGAGUUUGACUUUGACACCGCUGCAGAAAAAGAGAAACCUGCUGGUGGUAAAAAUCAGCCUCUGCUCGGACUGGUUCUCACUCCCACCAGGGAGCUGGCUGUUCAGGUCAAGCACCAUAUUGAUGCUGUCGCCAAAUUCACCGAUAUCAAAACAGCCAUUGUGGUGGGUGGGAUGGCACAAGAAAAACAGAGGAGGAUGCUAAAGCGCAGGCCAGAGAUCAUUAUCGCCACUCCGGGACGUCUGUGGGACCUGAUCAAGGAGAAACAUCCACAUCUGACCAACCUCAGGCAACUCAAGUGCCUGGUCAUUGAUGAAGCAGAUCGUAUGGUAGAAAGAGGCCACUUUGCAGAGCUCGACAGUCUGCUGGAGAUGCUGAACACUGUUCACUUCAAUCCAAUGAGGCAAACCUUUGUGUUCUCCGCCACACUGACCAUGGCUCGCAGCAUGCCCAUCCGCCUCUUGCAGAAGAAGAAGAAGAAUCUGGACAAGAGGAACCAGCUAGAAAUUCUCAUGGAGAGAGUGGGGAUUAAGUCCAAACCCAAAAUAGUCGACCUUACCAGGAAGGAGGCAACAGUGGAGACCCUGACUGAGACACGGAUCCACUGUCAGAAGGAAGAAAAGGACUUCUUCCUCUAUUACUUCUUGCUACAGUACCCUGGGCGCACCAUGGUGUUUGCCAACAGUAUAGACUGUAUCAAGAGGCUGAACUCCCUGCUGGUAAUCCUAGACUGCACUCCGCUCCCUCUACAUGCAAACAUGCACCAGAAACAACGCCUCAAAAACCUGGAAAGGUUUGCUGAGAGGGAUAGUUGUAUUUUGCUGACGACUGAUGUGGCAGCAAGAGGACUGGAUAUUCCCAAUGUUCAGCAUGUUAUCCACUACCAGGUUCCCAGGACAUCUGAGACUUAUGUCCAUCGGAGUGGCAGAACAGCAAGAGCCACCAAACAGGGUCUCAGUAUGCUGCUUAUAGGCCCAGAUGACGUUAUGAACUUUAAAAAGAUUUACAAGACUCUGGGAAAGGACGAGGAGCUUCCAAUGUUUCCCAUAGAGAGCAAAUGCAUGGAAACCAUCAAGGAACGUGUAAAUUUGGCUAGGAAGAUAGAGAAGGUUGAGUUCCACAACAGCAGGCAGAAGCAGCACAACUCCUGGUUCAAACAAGCAGCAGAGGCCCUUGAGGUGGACCUGGAUGAUGAACUUUUAAUUGGCAGAGCAAAUGAUGAGGACGCUGACAGGGAGCAGCAGAAGAUGGUGAAAGGGAUGAAAAAGCAUUUGAAGCAUCUGAUCUCCUUGCCUGUGUUCAAGAAUGUGAUAAAGACCAGGUACCCCACUCAAAUGGGAAAGCUCUCACUGCCUCACAUGCCUCUCGCAGGGGUGGAAAGCGCCCUUACACACGUGUCAAUGGAGAAGAAUAGGCAAAAGCUAAAGAAACACGUUCCAUCACAACGGAAAAACAAGAGGCAGAAGAAGGAAGAGCAGCAGCAGUGACCUGUUUAUGGAAAUGUGUAUUAACAAAGGAAA